AUGGACAAGGUCUGCUGGUACAAGAAGCCCAACUUGCGUUUGCUAUACCUCAUGCUCUUCCCGACAUAUAUAGGCAUAGAAUUGACCUCCGGGUUCGACUCACAGAUGAUCAAUGCUCUCCAGAUCGUGCCUUUAUGGAAUGCUUACUUUGAUGAACCUGAUGGUGCGCUUAAGGGUAUCAUCUCGGCCGCGUACUCGCUUGGCGCCAUUCUCUCGCUGCUGUUCAUUGGUAUCGUCAACGAUAAGUUCGGGCGUCGCGGGUUUAUCGCUAGAGGUUCAUUAAUCAUGGUCAUUGGUGCCCUGAUCCAGGGUCUCUCUGUCAAUACCGGCAUAUAUAUUUUUGCGCGUCUGGUUCUUGGGUUUGGGAUUCUUACGUGCAUCGUUUCAGGCUCCUCUUUGAUCGGAGAGCUUGCUUACCCCAAGGAGCGUCCUGUCUUGACGUCGCUUUUCAACGUUUCAUACUUCGUCGGCCAACUCUUAGCCGCCGGGAUAUGCUUUGGUACUAACAGCAUCGCCAGCAACUACGCGUGGAAAAUCCCGUCGUGGCUCCAGAUGUGCCCUUCGCUGGUGCAAAUCGCCUUUAUCUUUUUCAUCCCCGAAAGCCCGAGAUGGCUGAUCACCAAGGAGAAGAGUGACGAAGCGUACGCUAUCCUGGCCAAGUAUGACGGUGAAGGUGACCACGAGUCCGAGUUCGUGAAGGCCGAGUUUGUACAGUUGCAGACUACCAUCAGCAUUGAACUAGACCAUUCCAAGAAAUCGUACAAGAACCUUGCAGCGACGAGCGGAAUGAGACGACGAAUGUUGAUCAGCGCAGCGCUUGGACUCUUCACUCAGUGGUCUGGAAAUACCCUCAUAUCGUACUACCUCAGUGAUAUCUUGGACAUGAUCGGCAAACCCGAUCCGAUCUUCCAACAGCAAAUCAACGUAGCUGUAAGUGAUCCCCCUUCAUUGUUAGGAUGUUGGAACAAGUAUGAGAAUCGCGCGGACCCCGAACCAUAG